CUCCACCCGAUCGGGGCUUCGCUCUGUUGUGGUAUUUGCGAUGUUUUUACGUAGAUAUCUCUCCUCCCCGAUCCUUCUAUUUUUUAAAUUUUAUUUCGCUAUUAACACCCAAAGCGUGUCUUAGGGGUUAAUUCAGCGCAGAGCAGCAGAGGAGCGUAAAGACGCACACAGUGGAGUGUUGUGCCGCUGAGGCGAUGCCCUUUUGUGGAGAGGUCUCUUGACACAGAGGACACAGCACGUUCACAGAAAGGGACUCAAAGACGAGGAGCUCCGUUAAAAAAAGGCUCCAUUCUUCCCACAGCUAUUGCCGUGGGUGUUUGAGAGGAUUUUUUCUUCUUUUUUUGGGAGAGGAGCAGAAAAAUAGGGGAGAAUAUUACAGUUUACUCCCACUGGAGUUACCAGUCGAGUUUUGGAUGGAGAUUGGAACAGUUGCGCAUGAGUUUUGCGCACGGGAUUUACGCGUUGGAAGGAGAAAUGAAGUUUCUUGCAGCAGUUUCAACGGGAUAGAGAACUGAAACCCUCCAACUAACUUUCCAAAAAGAAGCUUACUUUCCUAUUAUCGUAGCAACCUGUCCAAACGAUGCCAACUGAUAAAUACGCAGACAUGGAGGAAAAACUUUGGAUACUGGAGGACCUCAAUAUGAUGUACAUCCGUCAGAUUGCCCUCAGUUUACAGGACAGCGACAUUCAGAAGAAGAUCGACCAUGAGAUCCGGAUGCGUGAUGGAGCCUGCAAGCUGCUGGCUGCUUGCUCGCAGCGAGAUCAGGCCUUGGAGGCGGCUAAGAGUCUGCAGACAUGCAGCACUCGGAUCAUGGCCUACAUGUCGGAGCUGCAGAGGAUGAAGGAAGCUCAGGUCAUGCAGAACGUCCCACGCAGAGCUUCAGAUGCAGGCCCAAUGGACGAAAGACUCCCCUGUAAAGGAAAAGUGGCAAUAUCAGAUCUUCGCAUCCCUCUUAUGUGGAAAGACACGGAGUACUUUAAGAACAAAGGAGAGCUUCAUCGAUGUGCUGUGUUCUGCCUGCUGCAGCUGGGAGGGGAGAUCUUUGACACAGACAUGGUGAUUGUAGAUCGGACCCUCACGGAUAUCUGCUUCGACAACACCAUUGUCUUUAAUGAAGCUAGCCCUGGCUUUGAGCUCCGAGUUGAGCUGUAUAGCUGCUGCUCAGAGGAUGACUACUCUGCAGGAAGCACGCCCAGGAAACUGGCCAGCAAGCUGAGCUCUUCGCUGGGCCGCUCAGCAGGAAAGAAGUUCAGAGCUGCAAUGGAGCCUGGAGCAUGUAGUCCUGUUAGUAACGGAGGGGCAGCUCCUCUCCUGCUGCCUGUCCCCUCUGUGCCCGGCCCGAAGUACCACCUCUUAGCUCACACCACCCUGUCACUGUCGCACGUCCAGGACAGCUUUCGCACGCAUGACCUCACUAUUUCAGGCAACGAGGAAUGCUCAUACUGGCUGCCUCUAUAUGGCAGCAUGUGUUGCCGCCUCGCAGCUCAGCCAAACUGUAUGACCCAACAGAUGAUGGGUGGAUGGCUGAAAGUUAAGCAGUGUGGAGGUGACCCUCAGACUUGGACAAAAGUGUACGCCGUUCUAAAAGCAACAAGCCUUUUUUGCUACCAACAACAGGAGGAUGUGGAGGCCAAUGUUGAGCCUGCUUUGACAAUCGGCAUCAACAAGGAGACCAGAAUACGCGCAUCAGAGAGGGACCCUCACAGCAAGGGUCAGAACAUUUGCAUCAGCAACCGAUACGGAGGGGAGGAGGUCACGCACACUCUGAACACGGAGAGCCGAGAGGACACGCACCGCUGGAUGGAAGCCUUCUGGCAGCACUUCUAUGAUAUGAGCCAAUGGAAGCAGUGCUGUGAUGAUUUAAUGAAAAUUGAACUUCCCUCUCCAAGGAAACCAGCUCCAGUUACUCCAAAACAGGGCUCACUUUAUCAUGAAAUGGUUAUUGAAUCAUCAGAUGACCUGGGCAGCACCGUGUCUGACAUUUUGGCCCGGAGGAUGCAAGAGCUGGAGCUCCGAAGCCAGCUGGGCAUGUCUCCCACCUGGAUGCCUGUGUUUGAGGAAAACUGUCCAAAAAGCACCGGCUUCCCUGUCCGUCCAUGCAGCUCACGCCUGUCUGGCCACAGCCCUCACUCCCCUCAUCGUCACCCUUCCAGGAGUCCAGUCAGCCCUCACCGCUGCCCGCAGCUGGGCCUGCUCUCCUCUGACGCAAGUCUGACGUCGGACACUGACAGCCACUGCAGCACCAGUCCGUGCUCUCACCGCCACGGCUGGCCAGAGCCUCCCUCCAAUUUCUCGCUUUUGUCCUCCUCACCAUCCCGUCUGAGGCCGCGCACACUCUCAUUAGACGCUAAGCUCAGCACUCUCCGAGGCCGGGGGUAUGGAGGCGGGGGGACCUUCCAGUGCUCCUGCCAGCCUCCGUCCUCGUCGCUGCUCACUCCUCUCCCCGCCUCGUCUCGCUCGCCUCUGUCGCAGCGCAGCACACAGACAACACUCUCCUGCUCCAGCUCCACUUCCAGCAACAGCUCCAGCAACAGCGAAGGCAGCCACAGCCCUGAAUCAUCAGAGGGGGGUCCUUUCUCCAGGCCCUCUCCUGCUCGACGCAGCCUGCGAAACCUACGUGCCCGGCUUGAUCCUCGUAACUGGCUACAGAGUCAGGUGUGAACUUGUGUCUGGAUAGAUGUUUUUGUUUGCUUAAAAA